AUGAAAACUAAAGUCAUGAUUCUUGGCAGUAAAAGUAAGUUGAAGAUUCUUGAAAAGUGUGAUCUACCAAUAAUAGUUGAUGGAAAUAUCAUACCACAUUUCAACUCAACGAAACAUCUAGGAAUUCACUUAUCAACCAAUCUUACAUGGGAUGAUCAUGUUGCACAACUUUCACGCAAGGUAUUUGGUGUUCUAAAAAGCUUAAAACAUAAGAGAAACAUCCUCUCAACAAGCACUCGCAAGUUGCUAGUCACUUCCACAAUAUUGCUAAUAAUUGACUACUGUUCUUUUGUUCUACUUGAUUCAUCAAAAAGGCUUGAUAAUAAACUUCAGAGACUGAUUAAUAUUGCCAUAAGAUUCAUCCUAAACCUUAAAUGUGAUGUGCAUAUUACUCCUCAUCGUCAUUCGCUAAAUUGGCUUAACAUCAAAUCAAGACAAUCAUACUUUUUAGCUUGUUUUUUCUAUAAAUUACUUGCUACUGGAGAACCAAAGUUCCUGCGUGCUCUGUUUAGAGAUGAAGAUCCUGAUAUUAGAAGAUCAGAUAGGCUGGCAAGUAAACAAUAA